UCUUAUAAUACAGACGUCGUCUCAGAUCUCGGCGACGACAUCUCUGUCCUUGCGUUCCGGCCUCGAAACUCUCCGCCGCCGCUUCCGCAUUACCACCUUUGGUCUCCGCCGAGGCGGCUGUGGACGGCGUCACUAUUUCGGGAUGACGACGGGUGAGGCCGCGACGGCGUCUCCGCGGCGGAGUUUCGCGUCCUCGGACCACCUCCGGCAUGUGGAGUCGAUGGCCCAGCUGCCCUCCGGAGCUGGCAAGAUCUCCCACCUCAACGCCGUCAUCCUCGGCGAGACCCUCGCCUCCGAGGAGAACGACCUCGUCUUCCCCUCCCAGGACUUUUCUCGUCAGGCUCUCGUCUCCUCCCCCGAACAGUAUCGAAAAAUGUAUGAGCGGUCGAUUCGAGAUCCUGCCGGAUUCUGGUCUGAGAUCGCUUCCCAGUUCUACUGGAAGGAGAAAUGGGAUCCGGAGGUCUACAACGAGAACAUUGAUGUGAGGAAGGGGACCGUUAAGUUUGAGUGGUUCAAAGGAGCCAGUACGAACAUAAGCUAUAACACUUUGGAUCGGAACAUUGAGGCAGGGAAUGGUGGAAAAGUUGCUAUCUACUGGGAAGGCAACGAACCCGGUGACGAUGAGCAGCUAACCUAUGCUGAGCUGUUGGAGAAGGUUUGCCAGCUUGCCAAUUACUUGAAACAUGUUGGCGUUCGCAAAGGAGCCGCAGUGGUGAUCUACCUCCCUAUGCUGAUGGAGUUGCUGAUCUCAAUGUUAGCGUGUGCCCGUAUUGGUGCGGUCCACUCGGUUGUAUUUGCGGGCUUCUCUGCCGAGUCCCUUGCACAAAGGAUCAUUGACUGCAAACCCAAGGUUGUAAUAACAUGUAAUGCUGUGAGGAGAGGCCCCAAAGCGAUCCAUCUCAAAGACAUAGUUGACAGCGCUAUCAAUGAAUCUGUCAAAAGUGGAGUCCCUGUAGGCCUGUGUUUGACUUUUGAAAACCAGUCAGCUAUGAAGAGAGAAGAUACAAAGUGGCAGGAGGGAAGAGAUGUAUGGUGGCAGGAUGUAGUCCCACAAUUUCCGACAAAGUGUGCUGUGGAAUGGGUUGAUGCAGAAGAUCCACUAUUUCUCCUGUACACAAGUGGUAGCACUGGAAAACCAAAGGGAGUUCUACAUACAACUGGGGGAUAUAUGGUAUAUACUGCAACAACAUUUAAGUAUGCAUUCGACCAUAAGCCAUCAGAUAUAUAUUGGUGCACUGCCGAUUGUGGCUGGAUAACAGGACACAGCUAUGUUACAUAUGGCCCUCUUUUGAAUGGAGCUACUGUUGUGGUAUUUGAAGGGGCCCCAAACUAUCCCAACUCUGGACGAUGUUGGGAUAUUGUUGAUAAAUACAAGGUGACAUUAUUUUACACAGCCCCAACGCUAGUGCGUUCCCUAAUGCGUGAAGGUGAUGAGUACGUCACUCGCUACCAUCGAAAAUCCCUGCGUGUUCUUGGUAGUGUAGGGGAGCCAAUUAAUCCUAGUGCAUGGAGGUGGUUUUACAAUGUUGUCGGGGAUUCACGAUGCCCUAUAUCAGAUACCUGGUGGCAAACAGAGACUGGUGGCUUCAUGAUUACACCAUUGCCUGGUGCUUGGCCUCAGAAGCCUGGUUCUGCUACCUUUCCUUUCUUUGGAGUUCAGCCAGUCAUAGUUGAUGAGAAAGGGAAUGAGAUAGAAGGUGAAUGCAGUGGGUAUCUUUGCAUCAAGAAGUCAUGGCCUGGUGCAUUCCGUACACUUUAUGGUGAUCAUGAGAGAUAUCAAACCACGUAUUUUAAACCAUUUGCUGGUUAUUAUUUUACUGGAGAUGGAUGCAGCAGAGACAAGGAUGGCUACUUUUGGCUUACUGGAAGAGUUGAUGAUGUUAUUAAUGUGAGUGGACAUCGUAUUGGCACCGCUGAGGUAGAAUCUGCCCUGGUCUCACAUCCCCACUGUGCAGAGGCUGCCGUAGUUGGAGUUGAACAUGAGAUCAAAGGGCAGAGCAUUUAUGCUUUUGUCAGUCUAGUGGAGGGUGUUUCUUACAGUGAAGGAAUCCGGAAAAGCCUCAUUUUGGCAGUCAGAAACCAGAUCGGUGCAUUUGCUGCCCCAGACAAAAUUCACUGGGCACCCGGACUGCCAAAGACGAGGAGCGGAAAGAUCAUGAGAAGGAUUCUACGGAAAAUUGCAUCCGGGCAGCUGGAUGAGCUUGGAGAUACCAGUACGCUUGCUGACCCCAACGUUGUGGACCAACUAAUUGCACUCAGUGAUUGCUAGUAAAAGAUUCUGAUGAUGAUCAUCCAUUUCCUUAAAUGUCGAUACAUUUGUGGUGUGGUUUUAUGUGAUUCUAGAAAUUUAUUUAUGCCUAUUUUUUCAUGCCCGGCCGGGGUAUUUCACCAUAGUUAAGAGAUGUGUGGGAGGGAGUCGUCAAUUGGGCCAAGUGUGAUUCAUGGUUCUGAUAUUUUAGUGCUAGAAUAGUUUAGCUGUCUGUAUGCUACUUCAAAUCAUUCCAAGCCUCAAUUCUGUCUAUUCGAACAUUUGAUGAAUCAAUCAGUAAAAGUGUGGAACUCUGGUUUCCAUGAUUUGGAUUCA